AUGUUUCGUUCUAAGCCUAAACCUUGUAAAAUUAACCCAGAAGAGAUACCACAAGAAUUUUAUACAUUUGCAGAAUUCUGCGACAACAUGUUUAAAUGCGAUAUUAAUAUGAUUCCUGAGCUAAAUAAACAAUUAGAUUAUUAUAUCGAAAAUCACUACCUGAACAAAGAUGCAAAAUAUGAUAUGUUAGAUCAGAUAUCAUAUGCAUUUGCACUUUACAUGCCAAAAUCAAUCGAAUUCAUUAAAUUAAUGUUCGAAACAAAUAAUCUCGAUAAAUCGAACCUUAACGAGCAAAAAUACUUAUUAUUAUUCAAUCUUUUCUAUCUUAAUGAGCAUAAAAGAGGCGAACACGAAUUUUUUUCUUCAGAUGAAAAUACUAGAGAAUUAUUACAAACAUUUCACGAGCCAGGCUCACUCCCAUACCUUAUUAUUACUGAUAGUAUCGAUGAAUUCAUCAAUGCAACGUCAACAAUACCAGAUUUUGAUUAUAAUCAAAAAUUUCAUUAUCAAAGUCUAAUUGACAUUGCAGCACGCAGUGGAUCCAUUAACUGUUUCAAAUACUUACUUUCCGAUGGUGCAAAUGUAACAAAAGAAACUCUUCAGAACUCAUUUGCCGGAAAUAAUUACGAAAUCAUUCACAUUCUUGAAGAAAAGCACACACCAGAUGUAUAUUGUAUGAACAAUGCCAUAAAGAUCCAUAACAACGAGCUUAUAACAUAUUUGAUUGACAAAUACAAGCUGAGAAUCCAAUAUGACAGAUGUGCCAAUUUCUUCAAUGUUUCUGCUUUUCUUCAAAUGCUUUCUUUGGCCAAGAACGCGAAUUAUCUUGAUAGAGAAGGGAAUUCAAUAUUAAUACAGAUUACAGGUAUCGGAGCUGUUCCUAUUAUGAAGUUUUUAAUUGACAAAAAUGUGAUAUUGACAUUGCAAAUGAAUGGGGACAAACAGCAGCGUAUUUUGCAAUUUUUAAAGAGAAUGAAGAAGCUUUGA